UUACAACUUAUUAUAAAUGAAGCAAUUAUUUGAUCAGUGACCAUUACGUAGGUACAAGGCAGUCCUGUUGCUUGCAUUUUGCUUUUCUCUUCAUUUCAGCAGAGAGCAAAAGCAGUAGUGUGCAGAGGUAGAAUUUCUGUCUCAAAGCGAGGAGACAUUUCAGAAAGAAUCAAGGCCGAUGCACUUCUAAGCACUGACCAGAGAAAAGGAACUGAGGACAGCAUUCUUCAUCUCCACACUAUGUCUCGCCCUGUACCCAGAAGACCACAGCAUCAUAAAAUAAACAAAGACCUCUUUGUGCUCACCUAUGGAGCUCUGGUUGCGCAGCUGUGUAAGGAUCACGAAAAGGAUGAAGAUGUGAACAAAUACCUAGAUAAAAUGGGAUACAGCAUUGGAACACGACUGGUGGAAGACUUUUUGGCUCGGACCUGUGUGACAAGAUGCCACAGUUACUCAGAAAUUACAGACAUAAUUGCCCAGGCAUCCUCCCAUAGGAAUCAGCCCCAGGUCCUUCUCAUCCUAUGGAAAAGUCAACAGGUGGCUUUCAAGAUGUACUUGGGAGUUACACCAAGUGUGACCUGUAACAAUGCAAGCAGAAAUGAAUUUUCUCUGAUUCUUGACAAGAACCCUCUGUCGGAGUUCGUGGAAGAGCUCCCCACUGGGCGGUCUUCUCUGUGCUACUGCAACUUACUCUGCGGGAUUAUCAGAGGUGCCCUGGAGAUGGUUCAUUUGACUGCUGAUGUCACGUUCUUGCAAGACAGACUAAAAGGCGACACUGUGACAGAGAUAGGAAUAAUAUUUUUAAAACAGCCAAAUGAGAAAAAAUAUAGACGGAGAAAAUGAAGGCUCCGCGUGAAAUGCUACAGGGUGGCUAGCUGAGGGGCGCAUGUUGGUAGCUGACACGUACAGCCACAGAAAGUUUGAGUUGCUUAGCAGCAUGGGCUUUGCAAGGCUUAUAGAUCAGCCAGAGAUUUGAAAUGAAAGGUGUGAGGAUUUUAUUUUGCUUAUAAAUCACACAUUUUCAUCUCUCGUCCAUGGGCUUUCAUAUACAAAUAACUCCGUAUAAAAUGGGAAGCAUGGAUCCCACAUGUCCCGCAUCCAUCCUCACAGCUUUCGCUCCAUUUACUUGUGGUAAUGGGAUAAGGUGUGCCCUGUACAAUCAGUUGUCUUCUCCCACUGGAACAAUGGAUGAAAUGAUAGAGCAUAAACUCAUUAAGUGGACACAGGCUCUAGAUACUACUUGUGGCAUUCUCUGUAGAAACACUGCCCUUUGUAACAUUUUCCAUGUUCUUAUGAAAUUAUGAGUGAUUUUGCUCAAAUAUCAUUUGGCUUAUAACUUUAGGAAGUGAAAGCUUGACUUGUAGUCACCAUGGCAAGGUAUUUAUUUGGAUGCCUAUUCUGAAGAAUUUUAAAAUAGCACUUGAUUUUCAUUCACUUUAUUUUAAAUUUAGUUUAUUUUUUUAAAUAGUGGUAUCUAUCUCUUUCUUUUCUCCUGAAAUAUUGCUGACAGUCAGAUGGAAAAUCUCUAUACUGAGAAGCAAAUCAUGUUCUUUGAGAAUGCUUCCUUACCUCAAAGUUUGUUCACUAUUAAAUUUUCCAAAAAGGAUCAACAUGUGCUAUGCAUGUGUACCAAUUUGCCAUGACAAAUGUAUGUAUCUAUUAUGUAUCACAAACAUAUGCUAAUAAAAAUGGGAAGAAAAAAGAUAUUUUACCAUCAUAUGUAGCCCUAAAAAUCUUCCGAAGAGUAUUUUGUCUGUGAUAAGCACACAUUUAAAAUUGAAAAUGCACCUAGGUGAGGUACCAUACACCUUCAACUCUUGCACUCUGAGAGGCUGAGGUAAGAGGAUCCCGUGUUUGAACCCAACAGUAUACCAACUCAGCAAGACCGUGUCUCAAAAUAAGAAGUGAAAAAAGGGAUAGGGGUAUGGCUCAGUGCAUAAGCCCUGGGUCCAAUCUACAACACCAUAAAAAAAAAACUGAAAGAAAAGAAAGUGUACUGGAUUAAAUAAACAAUAAUCUUCAUCAGAGCCCCAGCACAAGGCAGAAAACUAACUUUACAAGGAAAAGCUAUAGUUACUGUGACACCAGGAGUUAAGACUGCUGUAAAUGGAGCCCAGGAUAUAGUUGGUAGUGGAGCCCUUGUCUAGCAUGCAUGAUAUCCAGACUCUGACUCAUAACUCGGAAAAACAAACAAGAAGCUGAAGAAAUGAUACGGAUAGAAAUAAACUAGAAUUCCCAUUGUUCUGUUUCUAGCCCUUCAGAUCACUGAGAUGGGUGGAUGACCCUGCACAACAGCUUUUCUCUCUCUCUCUCUCUGAAUGAAAGGAUAACAUAUGAUAAAUACCAAAAAUAAUAUCAGUAUAUUUAAGUGCCAUAGAUAAACACUGAAAUGCCAGUCUUUCGGACUCUAGAAGACCACCAGGAAAUGCUCCCCUCUACCUAGCUGACUCUGGGCCAUUGAGGCAGCGCUGAGGACCAGACAGACUCCCUGGAGCAGCUGCGGCACCAAUGGGAGGAUCUUCAGGCCUGCAGCACAGAAAAGGAAUAGAAUCUGGAAGAAGAUAUCUCCCAGUGGAAGGGAUGUCAUGUAUUUUAAACCGGUACCUCCAGAAGAAGGCUUGCUUUCAGUCCACCUAAAAACUUACUUUUCUACCAUCUGAUCAACUGCUUUUUUGUCCAUAGUUCACUUACCUCUUCAGGAAUGAAUGGAGACCCAUAUUUAAGGACCUCCUUAAAUCAGCACCCAAGGAGCUCCCUUGAAAAUGUUCUAUUGCCUGAAGUAUUCUCCAGCCUGCCCCCUCCCCCUUCUCUCCCAACCCCACUAUCAAAGCCCACCCACUAAAGGCACCUUCACCUGAUAUUCUUAGCGGUGCGGUGUGUUGGAACUGGUAAUGGCUACAAGGUGGGGCUUCUUCCCCAUCCUUUAUUUUUCUCAGCCUGGAGGGAAGGGGCUCCUUUGAUUUUGAUGCAUGCUAUGAAACAUGACCUAUAUGCCUAAAAGAGUGGCUUGUUCACAUUCACUGUGUUCUCCAUCCUGAGGAAUGGGAGAAUCGAGAAGUUGCACUGUAUUAGAAUUAAGAGAGCCAUAUAUAUCACCUUGAAUUUUCUAAUAGCAACCUUAAAUGAAUAUAAACAGGUGGGUAAGGGAUUUAGCU